AUGAAGCAGGCGGGUCUGAAGUGUAAACCCUCAAAGUAUGAGAUCCUCAGAGACUCCAUAAAGUAUCUAGGCCGCCUGGUGGAUAAGCCUAGAGUGAGACCAGAUCCCGAAGCGGUCGAAGCGGUUUUGACCUGGAAGGCUCUCAAGACAGAUACACAACUGAUGAGAUUUUUUGGGUUUGCUAACUAUUAUCGGGAGUUCGUCAAGGGAUACGCCGACAAGAUAUACCCCAUGCAACAAUUGAUGAGAAAUAAAGGCAAAAAGUUCACUUGGACUGGAGAUAAUGAGCGGGCAAUUAAACGUGAUAAAGACGUAUCUGAAAGCCAGAUACCGGCUGUCGGACCUCCUAAGGGCUCAACGAAAUGA